AUGCCGACCAUGUCGGAAUCUGAGGUGUUCGAGCUGAAACUCGAGAUGCAGCACCUCCAGGAAAAGCUCACGUUUUUGGCGGGAGGCACCAACGGGGCGGAGCUGGUGGACGUGGUAAUGGAGAAGGACGCGGAGCUAGAACAGAUCAACAAGAAGCUCAAGGAAGUGGAGGCCAGCAGGUCCAAGCUGGCAGAGAGCGCCAAGCGGGUAGACGCCCGGCGAAGAGAGGCAAUGAGGCAGUCCGAGCACCAGCUGGUAAGGGUGCAGGCCCUAGAGAGGGAGCUGGAGCGGCAGCUGGGAAUCUCGGACGAGCAGCGCAGACGGGUGGCUGACACGAAGGAAGACUUAGCCUUGACCAAAGAGGAGCUUCGAAAGACCCAGGUCGAGAUGGCAUCAAAGGAGGCCUCGGCUCUAGAGAGGCUUGCCACAGCCCGCGAUGAGGCGUCGUCCCUGCAGAGGAUGGUGGAGGGGCAAAGAGACACAAUCGUCAGACUCGAAUCCGACAGUAAGGGUCUGGAGGAGACGGUGUCCAGGAAGGAGGACGAGAUCAAGAGCCUGGAACAGCGCAAGAAGGAUGUCGCCGCUCGUUCCAGAGAGAUGAAGAACCACCUGGAGAAGCUCUUGCUGAACUCUCAGAAGUCCCAGGCCGACCUGGCGGGCCAACGCUCGACGCUGGAGGCGGAGCUCGGCAAGCUCCGGCGACGGAUGGACGAGCGGGCGAAGACGGCUUUGGAGGAAGAGCGUAAGACCACGACGCUCGCGCGAGAGUGCGGGAACUUGAAGACCGAGCUCGAAGCGGCACGCCAAGACAUCACCAGCGCCUCGGAGGAGCUGGCCGCCGUCCGCCUGACCAAGCAGGAGGCCGACGAGGCUCUGCUGGGGAAGGACAAGGAAAACAGCAAGCUCCGGAACAAGAACGAGAGCUUGAGGGUGGAGAUGGACCGACGACUUCAUGCUCUCAACCAGGAGAAGGGAGACCUGGCAGAAAAGAUGGAGGAAUCGAUUCGGGAGCUGAAGGAGCGGGAGAACUUACUCCACGGCCAGCUGGAAGCCACGGGAAGGGAGAACAAGGAGAUCCAGGAGGCGCAGUCGGCGGAGAUCAGCGAGAUGGAGGAGCAGCUGAGGUUGGCCAACGAGGACAGGGAGCGCUUGAAGGCGGACGCGAGGAAGGCGAAGGCACACAGCAAGUCGGAGGCUAGGUGGCGGGCGAGAGCUGAGGAUGUCAUGGCGGGCAGAGCGGCGGACCUUGAGCGGGCGAAUGCAGAGGUUGCGGCGAUGAAGCAACAGGGCGUGGAGCUGCGGCAUAUGGAGGCCGAGAACAAGGAUCUGAAGGCACGGAUCGAGAGGCAGGAGGCCUUCCACAAGAGGAGGAUGGAGAAGGAGAAGAGGGAAAAGAGGGCUGGACGGCCUGUGUCCGGAGGGUCUGGCAGAGUGCCACCCGGACCCGCUGGCGGCGCCGCGUCUGGGCGCGCGGCGGCUCAACUACUCCCCUUGCCGCCGCUGAUGACCUACGGCGAGGACGACGGCCGCGGCGCGAGCCGGAGGCUGUCGAUGACGCCGACUUCGGCCAGCCGAGGGGGAGACGGUGAUGACGGUGACGGCGGCGGCGGCGGCGGCGGCCGCGAGCUGUUCUCGUCCGAACGGCCUCGCUCCGCUUCUGAAGCUCACGGCAGCGGCGGUGGAAGCAGCCCUUGCUUCUUCUCAACAACAACCCCGUCGAAUCACGCCGAUAAGGAGAACAGGGUCCAGCAGAAGCAGGCAGCGGCAGCACAGCGAAGAGGAGCCCCUGCGUGGGAAGGCAAUGGCGGCGGCGGCGCCGACUGCGAGGCUGGCGCCGGCGGCGGCAGAGACAUCGACGGCGGUGACGGCGGUGCGUUUACCGACGACGACGCCGCUGGAAGGGGCGGUUGUCGCGCUCCUGCGAGCGGGGGACGCCUGAAAACCAGCGGUCUCAGCAGCAGCGGAGUUAACAGCAGGGGGCGGGGAUUGUCGUCGUCGGGAAGCAAGGGCGGGGGAGUCGGCAGGGCUACCGUCGCUAGCGCUGCUGCUGCUGCUACGCAGCCCCUGGAAAGCAGCAAGAUCAGGCGCGUGGCGAGGUCGCCGGCGACGCGCGGGUUGCACGAGGCCACCGGCGGUCGCCACGCCACGACCGCUUCCUCGCACUCGUCUUCUCGCGGAAGGAGUGCUGUGGCGGCGAAGGUGGGGGCCCCGCGGUCGUCGAGCCUAGGUAUUCAGUCCCGUGCCUCCUCGGGGUGGCGGUGA